GCUGGAAUGCUGUGUCACGCCAAGGGCAAAUCAUCUCGCGGCCGUCGCAUUCUGACAUUGCUGGACGCCUGAAUGAUAUCCCAGCAACAUAGAAAAAUAAAGACAGUCCCCAAGCCUGGAAAAUGAAACGGACUUUCAAGCAAUCGGCAAGCAGCAGUACAACAUGCGCCCCUCUCUCGCUCUCCUCCUUACAAUGGGAACAGCCUCCCUGGCUGAUUUCACCUUCGACGAGCUCUGGUCUCUCCAGAAUACCCUCUGGGAGAACUUCCUCUACCCAGCGAACCUGCAGCAGAUCAACGCUACAGACACCUCCGUGUUUGCCGAAGAUGUCCAAGGCCGCGUCGACAUAACACGCACCUUCGACGGCCGCGAGCUCAACAACGAAUACAUCUUCGGCCUCUUCUCGGACCCAGACCACCUCAGCCUCGUCGGCAUCCCCAUCUCCUACAACAUCACGCAGUUCUCCGCAAACCAGAACAUCACCGCCGCAACGACCGUGUUCACAUUCAACGCGACAUCAUUCAACACCCUCGUCCCCAUUACAAUCGAUACCUGGAUCCUGUAUAACCCGGACGGAAAGAUCGCGCAGUACGACGCCACCUUCCGCUGGUUCGACUGGCUGCUUGAUACGCUUUCUGAAGCGGCGGGGACGGGGCUGUUCAAUACCACCGACCCAGCUGAGAUACAGAGGCAGCUGGCUGGGCUUCUUGCGACUACGAUCUGUGAAACGCAUGACCAGUACUGUCUGGAUGAGAAUAAACAGUAUGAGACCAACGAAGCGUGCGUCGAUUUCCUCACGAAUACAGUCCGGUUCGGGAAGGCGUAUGAGCUGGGGAGGAAUACGCUGCUGUGUCGCGAGGUGCAUGAGCAUAUGGUGCAGUAUCGGCCGACGGAGCACUGUCCGCAUAUUGGACCGAGUGGGGGUGGGUAUUGUGUGGAUGAUAAGGACUAUGCUACGAUGGUUACGGAGAGGUACUUCAAGCAGCCGUUUAUUCCGUUUGGGUAUGGGGGGGAUAAUGUGUGGCUUGCUGGGGCAUAGCAUAUUGUGCUUUAACUUUGGGUCUUUGGACUGUUCUUACUACUAUGUGUUUAAUUAAUAAUAUAUGCCGGGAAUAUUGAGAUGAACUGUUGAAAUCUCGGUUUCCUAAUUGGGAAGUAUACGGGUGGCCGAGCUUCCCCUUUAGGAAGUUAAGAACGCAACCCUAGAUGACGAAAUGCCCCUCACCCCGCGCAGACCCUACUGGAAGCUAUAUAGAUGGGGGAGAUCUUGCCAGUAUGACAAGUGUCAAGGUACUUCCAAUACAGUAUUAUCCUUUUCU